UAGCUUUUUUAGUUCAUAACGCUUCCUCAUUCUCUGAACCUUCAAGCACUAUAAAUCCCACCUCUCUCUUUCUAUCCCUCUCCUCUCACACACACACGUGCUCUCUGCUUCUGUUCUUUUUAUUCUAGUAAUAAACAACAACAGAAACAAGUACAACGAUGGUUGUUCUUUCUUCCCAACAAGCCACAUUAAACGACUUAUUUCCCAUAAACACAUGCAAACCAACAACAACAACACCUGUAUUCAAUGGUGUUCCAGAGGUUGACCUUUCACACCCUGAUGCUAAAACACUAAUAGUCAACGCAUGUAUAGAGUUCGGAUUCUUUAAGGUUGUCAACCACCAUGUUCCAUUAGAGCUAAUGACCAAUUUAGAAGACCAAACACUCAAGUUUUUUAAACAAACUCAGUUAGAGAAAGAGAAAGCCGGUCCUCCAGAUCCUUUUGGGUAUGGAAGCAAAACUAUCGGCACAAAUGGUGAUGUUGGUUGGGUUGAAUACCUUCUUCUCAAUACUAACCCUGAUGUCAUCUCUCCCAAAUCUCUUCACCUUUUACACCAAAAUCCAAACAAGUUCAGGUGUGCUGUGGAAGAAUACAUAAUGGCGGUGAAGGGUGUGUGUUGUGAAGUGUUGGAAUUAAUGGCAGAUGGAUUGGGGAUUGAAGAGAGGAAUGUGUUUAGCAGAUUAGUGAGAGAUGAGAGAAGUGAUUCUUGUUUGAGGGUUAAUCACUACGCGGCAUGCGGAGAGGUUGAAGCAUUGAGUGGAGGAAAUUUGAUUGGGUUUGGAGAACAUACAGACCCACAGAUCAUAUCUGUCUUAAGGUCUAACAACACAUCAGGAUUGCAAAUUUGUCUCAGAGAUGGAACGUCUUGGGUUUCAAUCCCACCUGAUCAUACUUCCUUUUUCAUAUUCGUUGGCGAUUCUCUACAGGUGAUGACAAAUGGAGGAUUAAAGAGUGUAAAGCAUAGAGUUUUGACUGACACAAGCAUGUCAAGAUUGUCGAUGAUUUAUUUUGGAGGACCACCCUUGAAUGAAAAGAUUGCACCUUUACCUUCCAUAUUGGUGGCAAAGAAAGAACAGAGUUUGUACAAAGAAUUCACAUGGAGGGAAUACAAAAAUGCUGCUUAUAAGUCAAGGUUGGCUUAUAAUAGGCUUAGUGUCUUUGAGAAAAAAAGUGCUCAAUGAGGUUAAUUUGAGUUGAAAGGUCACCAAUUUCUUCCAUUUUGACCAUAUAGUUAAGGAAGGCUCAAAUAAUUGUUGACUCUCUUCUUUGAUAGAUGUAUAAAGAAAGAUUGGAGUGUUUGAUUUUGCGAUGAAAUUUUUUUAUUUUAAAUAAAUAAUUUUUUUGGGUUAAAAGUGAAAUGAAUAUAAAAUAAUUUAUAUUUAAAUGUAUUUGUAUUUAAGUAGAUUGAAUUAUAAAUGUAAUG